AUGAGCCAGGACGCGUCUUCCGAGAUGGAAGACCUUGAGGCAGAGUUUCGUCUUCUCAAUGAAAGAUGCCGUCGCCUCCAGGCUCAGAAAGAAGGACACCUGCAACAGGCAAUCAGCACCUACGAAACUGAUCGAGCAGCUGGCCAGGAUGACAUCAAGAAGAAGGAGCUCGCGCUUCACGAGUUGGAAGCUAAGUACAACGAGGAGCUGCGCGUCAAGAGAGAAGCCUUACAGACCGCCUUGCAGCGUGAAGUCACUCGCAAGCGCAAACAUGAUGCUGAGGUUCAGCAUCUCAACCAACAACUCACAGGUCUCAAGCGCUUGAAGCAAGGCAAUUUAGAACUUUCGGUGCUGCCCUCCACUCAAACGGCCUGGACUUACCUUUGUGGUAUCAACCCAAUCCUCACAGUAGACUUCCCGAACCGGCCGACCAAACCAGAACACCUUGCGUUACUUGAUCUUCCCAUCACACGCGAAAUCUUCACGACGAACAGGUGUCUCCCACUAUCGCAACCGGGCCGUGACGACAAGCCCGCAGAAGACAACGGUCCAAAUGAGGAGUUUACAACAGAAGGCGUUGAAUCGAUGUGCAAUGGAGAUGAGUCCAUCCACCUAACCCAGUCACGACCUCUGACGGAGAAGACGAUUCCUUACGAAGAGGUCUACCAGAUGGCCCAAGACCCUCAAGCAAAAUACAAGCACUGGAUUCUCGAGCAUCCUGAGGGAUGUGGCAACUGGUACAUUGUUCGUUGCAAGGAACAUAAUCUCAACUGGAGCGACAAGCCACUCCCAGCCGCAUCAAGACAUCUCGUGUCAAGGUGGCACAUGUUCCCGUCUAAGAAAGCUUUUUUGGCUAUCAAGGAGCUUGGUGAGCUUGUUGAAAACUGUGAUCAACAGAAGGCCAAAGCAAGCAACACCGAAUACAAGAAGGCCCUCGACCAGGGCUACAAGCCGCAGAAUACCAUGGAGAAGAGUUGGGGCUCGCAAAGGAAACGAAGGUCAGCAAAAAAGAAGGCAGAUGCCAAGUCUGGUCAGGACCUGGUUGGUUCGUUCAAAGGCGUCAUUGAUCCGGUCGUGGGCGAGGUCUACCACGCAUGGUGGGAUGCUGAGCCGAGAUCUUGGUACCCGGUGGUCAUUUUACCAUACUUGGGUGAUGGAGAUUGGAAAGAGGUUGGAAUAACAGGCAACCUGUUCACCUCUGGACUGAAGAAGGAGAUCCCAAACUGCUUCAAAGUGGUCAAGGCCACCACAGAUUCCGGCAAAGAGGCCUCGAGGCUGACUUGGGCUGAAGGAUACCAGGACGGUGGACCGAAAGUCCGUGCGCGAAAAUUCCCUUGUCUGUUUCUACACGAUCCCUUGACAAUUCCCAGUGCAGACCAGGAAUUCGUUUUGGGACACACGGCUGAGGUGCUUGCUUUUCGAACGGCACAGCAGUUGCGUCAACGUUCAACAGUGCUAGACCCAGGUCUGUCCAAGACAGGAGUGGAUGCUAACAAGGGCCUUGCACGGGACUUCGAGGCAAGAUUAAGAGCGAUCCGAGCAAAGCAGAAUCCAACACCAGAGCAAGAGAUCGAAGACAAUGUCGGCAUGGGGGCUUUGUCAGUGCGGGAUCAGCAUCAGCAGGAUCAGCAACAGCAAGAUCAGCAAUAUCUCAAUGCCACAAACUCUGUUGAGGCUAAGGAAUCUCCCUGUGCUUCUCCUGCUUCUAAUGCCCAAGAUCACCACCACCACAGCACUGGAAAUGAUCUGUUCAUGCCAGGAGAUGGACAUGACCUUGCUACUCGGAACCCAAGAGUGAGCCUUCCAAGUCGCCUCGGCAACGCCUCGAGUGGCCAGUACGGAAGCAGCCAGGGCGCCGUUUUUGAUCAAAUCGCAGAGAGGGGGGCGUACCCCUCUGUCACAUCAACCACAAGCACCACACACAGUCCGAGCCCAAACGGCGAGGAGUGUAAUCAGUCGAGAGCAAAGUCCUGCUGUAUGCCCGACCCCUCGACCUCGACGAGCGGCGUCGUCAGAUCAAGAUUGUCGUCUUUCGACAAUGAGAGGACAUAG